AUGGACGGCGAACACACCGUCGCCUCGUGCUCAGAGGGUCAGUACCGCCUCGUGCAUCCUGCUCUUCUCCUCUUCAUGGCGUCAUCCAGCUCUACAGACCGUCUCUCUGCCCUCCCCUCCGUCCAGAACUGGAACCCCCAGCAGGUCACCACCCCUCCCCAAUAUCUAGGCCGCAAGACCCUCCCCAUCAAGCGUGGCGACGCGGAGCCGCUCACUCGAGAAGACCUCCAAUAUGAUCUUCUCUAUUAUAUCUUUGCCGAUCGCACCGUGGCUUUUGUCGACUUUCUAGCGCCGGGGAAGCCCCUCGUCAACUUCUGCGACCUCUACGUCAAUGCUCUCUACAACUCCAGCAAGUGCUCCAAAGUCCUCAAGGACAAAAUGGUAGAGACGCCCGCCUUUGCCAUCGAGUUUGCAAAAAUUUCUCUUCUCACCAACGUCGGUCGCAUAAACACCACCAUGGCCUUCUUUCCGGAAAUGAAAACCGCGCUGCGGAGCUAUCACCCGGUCCCUUCCUUGCAAAAGACCGAUGGAAAUCUACAAGAUGCUCCCCGCAUCAAGAAUUGUCUCAAGGCUGCCCUUCUUCCUUUUGAAUUCAAGACACCCGCCCCUGGUUCCCCUCAUGAAAUCCUAGAAAAAGCGCGAUCCGGACAAGUUCCUCCCACUAGCGUCGUGAACCUAAUCUUUGUGUUGUCCAACUCCAACCAUACACAGCAAGUAGCGCAUGACCACUUUGACGCUCCUCUUGAAUUCCUCGACCUCUUCCUUCCUGUCAAUCUGUCAUCUGCCUCUCGUGCCAGGGCAUUCCUUUGGCUUAUGUUCCAUUAUCUACAAGGUCCAGAUAAGCCGAAUCCGUUCGACGACGAUUAUUCUCGUGCGAAUCUUGGCAAGGUUCCCCGUAUGCGCAAUCUCAGCCGCGAGGAAAUGCAACAGGAGAACGUGGACCCCAUAGACGAAAUCGAAUGGGGAAGGCGUAUGAGCGGGCAGAGGAGCAAAUUUCUCAAGGAACUUGUUGAUGAGAUGGAGAUGGACAAAAAAAGACAGCAGAACCCUCCACUUCCACCUCCACCCACUUCGACCGUGCCUACGUACGCAUUGCAAGACCCUAUGAGGCGUCCAACGUGGUCUCAACGACACCCCGCCUCAACCCCUGGCGGCAGCCGCGGUUCCUCGCUAUCCCAUGAUCCUCCGCGUGGAAUGACCGAGCCGCAUCCCCGUGUAAGACCGCCCGUCUACAAAGGCGACGCCACUGGCGCCGGUCAAGAGCAUGAACGUAGCAUGCUGGAACAAGCAUGGCAUGUUGCUACCACCGCAGACCCGCUGGACGAUUCGGAUCAGGAAGGGGACGAGCAUGUCCGGCUCGAAUACAAUCGCCGCCUGCGAGUUCUCUCGCGCCUGAGAGGGAAAGAUCCAACCCCGGAACCAGAGCCAGAUCCCAAUGCGGCGAGCGAUGGUCAAUACCAGUAUGUCCCUCAACAUCAGCCCCCUAGCGGGUCUGGAGCAAGUACCACUGGCCGCCUGCAACAGGUACAGUCAUGGAAAUAG